GGGUCAGCCACAGUAUGUAAUGCGGCCAGUUCAGCACGGCACCGCGACGAUGAUGGUCAUCUCCUGCGCUCAUCGAGCCUUGUUCUUAUCUCGUGAAUUGCUGCCAUAACCUCCUCGCAAAUUGAAUGGCAGACUGACCACGGCAGCGGCCAAUGGGGCCACUUCGUACGCUACGUCGGCCCAACCCAACCACGGCAGUCGUCCGGGGUGACACCAAUAUUCGCCCCGUACAUCUGCGUCGAGAACGGUGUCUUGACUACUGUGAAAUACCAGGUCCGGUGUCCAUGAUCCGGACCUCCAAGUCUUGGCGCUUUAGUACGGUGCAGUACGCUUCGACAUGCCUCUGCGACAAUAGCCUUUCACUUGAUCACGGGUGGCUAUACCUAUUGUGUGGCUCCUGCGUAUGUUUUUUGUUUCGUCCCUCCGCCCCUGACCGUUCUGGUAUAAAUACAGCGUCCGCGUUACGCCAUCCCCGUACCUCAACAAGGCCUAUUCGCACCGCUCGUCUCCGUUGCACCAGCAUGCCCCCGCCACACCUCCGACCCGCGAGACGCGCCCUUGCCAGAAGCCAUCCGAGACAAGAACACCAAACGUAUACGCGUUACGGCCCAGCCUGCCCCGCUCGCCGGUCCGCGCGUAUGCGCACGGCCACCUCCCAGGCGUCGACCUGGUCUACGUCUAUGGGAAGCAGUGGUCCGCCGCGGUACGGACCGCCCCUCGUCGUCAAUGACCGUGCUGCACGCGCUCUAUAGCGUUCGGUGGUCGCAGUCCACAGGGCCGUUCGCGAAGAGCCACAGUUCUAUGGCCUGAUCAUAGGACACGUUUCGCGUCCCGCACGGGCGUGCUCGCGUGUGGAGUCGGUUAACACGUCCGUCCAGGGACGGGGACUCCCACUCACGGACACUGCUGUUAGACGGUACUCCGGCUCCGGCAUGACACGGCGAUUCCACACAUCGCUGUCCUUCUGCAGCUGUGCAACUGCUGCGGAGACGCUGAGAGAAUGGUCGGCAGCGCGCCUCAUCCAGUACUACUAUCUGCUGCCAUCGGUGAUCCUAUCAUCGGUUUCUCUAUGGUUGAAAUAUAACAGCCUUCGAACCAA